UGAAACGGAGGGGCUAUUUUCGUCACGUGGCUGCGCCGAGCCAAUCAGAGAGGGCGGCGGAGGGAAAAGGCCGUCCCUUGCCGAGAAACGACCCCGUCCGCCUAUAAAAGCGCUGCCGGCCCGUCUGCAGCGCAGAGCGAACAGAGGGACGCGCACCGCUGCACCGGUCAGCCCCAACCUAAACCGCUGCAGCAACAACAAAAAACCCCCACCACCCACCCACCACCACCGUACUUGGAUUACUACCAUGACUCUAGAAGAAGUCCGCGGACAAGAGAGCGCGAUGGGAAACACCGACAGAUUGCAAUGUGCAGGCCGGGCCCUGGAAGAGCUGCUGUUCGCUGCCAAGAAGCAGGACUACCUGACCGUCGGCGUGUACGAGUCUGCCAAAGUCAUGAAUGUCGAUCCGGACAGCGUGGCUUUCUGCGUCCUCGCCACGGACGAGGAGUACGAGUGCGACAUCGCCCUCCAGACCUUCACCCUCAUCCAGGCCUUCUGCUUCGACAACGACAUCAACGUGGUGCGCGUGAACGACAUCGAGCGCCUGGCGGACCUGGUGGGCAAGGACGCCGCCGGCGAGCCCAAGGACGCGCACUGCAUUCUCGUCACGAGCCCGAGUGCAGAUCCAUGGAAAGACCCUGCCCUGGACAAGCUGAGUCUGUUCUGUGAAGAAAGCCGUAGUGUGUAUGACUGGGUUCCCACCAUCACUCUCCCAGAGCGCUGAAGCAAGUGAGUCACACGAGAGCGAUGACGAAGACAGACGAUGAUGAAGAAGAGAGUAAAGGAGCGGAAGCCUCACCUGGGGGUUUGAAGCCUUGUGUCUCCCUUGCCAUGGAUCAGGAGGCUAUGGCUGUAGUACCCUGGCUCCCCAGUGCAUUCUGGGUCAGCACGCUGGUUAUGGAUUACCCUGAGGAGGGGUUGAAGUUCAGAGGUCUAGUGUGACUGGGUCAGGUGUACGGACUGGGCCACUUUCAGGACUGCUGCCCGAUAGACACUGAUGAAACUGACUUGAGUUGGACCGUACCACUUAGCAUACAGUUAAAGAUGGAGAGCGGUGACCCUACGUGUACCCUCACCCAAAAGCGGGGAACAGAGAAGGGACAUUGUCAGAGUAACAUGCAGCCGGCAUGAAACGGACUUAUGAAAGGUAUGAAGCCGGGUGGACGUUACUGCGAAAGCAAAGAGGGGAGAUGCAGGACCCCAGAAGGGUGUCUGAAGAUGAAUAAAUGAACUUUACUUUUCUUUGAAAAAAAAAAAAAACUUUGCAACUUCCAGGAGGCACUUGGAACCAGCAGGAAACUUGCAGAUUAUGAUGCGAACUGCUCUACAUCUGUGAAAGGACUUGAGAAACACAUUUUCGUGGACUAUAGUUUUGCUUAAGGAUAUGCAUAAACAAUGCAAUAUCAUUUUUUUUUACUGGUACACAUUUUUUAAUGUUUGUGAAUAAACAUUUAAAAACUAC